UAUUAAACAAAAUGGAGGAAGAACUAUGUUAUAGAGUUACACUAGUUAUAGAAAGAAAGUGAAAAUGAGAUUAGAAUUUUCAUUCUUACAAUAUUAAAACUCUGUAAAGGUAAACUGUGAUUAUUACAUUAUAUUGUGAAAAAGGAAAUGUGGAGUCCAACAAAAAAUAAGAAGUACGGUGUGGCACUGUACAAUUAUGAUGGUAAUACAAAGUAUGGCCUGCCUCUUGAGAUUGGUGAAACUGUGCAGAUUUUAGAAGAAUGUGGGGGUUGGUAUCGUGGUUUUUCCACAAGAAACAAAGCUUUAAAGGGAAUUUUCCCAGCAUCCUUUAUCCAUUUAAAAGCUUUUCGAAUAGAUAAUGAAGGAUUGUAUGAAACUGUCACUCCAGUGGAUGAUCCAACAGUACGGGAAGUAGCUUGUGUUUUAAGAGAAUGGCACGUGAUAUGGAAGAGAUUGUAUGUGAGGAGAGAGCUCACUCUAGUUUCCCAACUACAGGGUGUUAUGUGGGACCUAAUGGAAUGGCGACGCCAGAUAAUAGCUGGCACUCUUACCCAAGACCAGAUAAGAGAAGUCAAGAUAAAGAUCACUGCCAAAAUUGAUUGGGGAAAUAGGCAAUCGGGACUGGAUCUUGUGCCAAGGAUAGAUAGCGAGAUGGUUGAUCCUGAAACACUAAGUCCAGUGGAGCUGUAUCAUGUUCACCUCCAAAGCUCAGAAAAUGUUUCAGGACUUCUAGGCAGAGGGACCAAUAAGAAAAAAAAAUCAAAACGUGCCCAAACUCAUCACCUUUUUAUGCACAUGAGGGAUUUUGGGUAUUCUGUUGGGGAAGAUGUGGAAAUUUACUUUUCACUUUAUGAUGCUCAGCAGGCUGAGUUCAUCAGUGAAAGGUAUUUAGUCAAGUUAGCCAAAUAUGGACAUUCCAAUUUUAUGGAGAAAAUGCAUAACCACUGUACAAUAUUUACGGACCUAGGAAAUGCAGAUUUAAAUAGAGAUAUGUAUAUAAUUGUUCACGUUAUGAGGAUAGGACGAAUGUUGAGUGACAACAAAAAGUCUACAGCUCAACUCUACAAGAGACCACUUGGUUGUGGUGUUCUCGGGAUCUGUGAUGUUCUUUUGGAAAGGCAAGAAAGCAUAUUAGAAGAAGAGAGGGAAUUUACAAUUAAACUUAAUACAUGUCAUGAGUCAGACUUUCAUCAACUUCAUGAAUUCAUCUUCAGGAAGCAAAACAACAAAUAUAAUCUUCUCUCAGGGCAGCCUAACUAUGGAUUAAUUUUAUCAUUAAGAUUACUACAUGGUGACUUGGCACAACUUCACCAAGAGAAUCCACUACUUUUCAGGAACUUGAUUGUCACUUACAAACGAGGAUUUUCAGAUGUGAUCAUGCCAGGAGAUGUACGAAAUGACAUUUACCUAAAGCUUGAGAAGGCAGAUUUUGAAAGAGGAGGAAAGUCUACUGGGAAAAACAUAGAAGCUACAGUAAUUCUGGUCAGUGCUGAUGGAAAGUUUCUGGAGGGAAGUAUAAGUCCUGGAGCUGGUCAUGAGAACAUCACUGAAUACCAUUCCUUAGUUCUGUAUCAUAAUAACUGUCCUCGUUGGUCUGACAGGAUUAAACUUGCCAUUCCAAUAGAGAAGUUUGACACUGCUCAUCUGCGGAUAGAAUAUCGUCACUGUUCAACAAGAGAUAAAGAGAAGAAACUGUUAGGAUUUUCUUUCAUACAGUUGAUGGAUGAGCAUGGAGCCAUUCUCAGAAAUGGAAACCAUGAAUUGUAUAUUUAUAAGUGUGAAGAUAGGAUUAAACUACAGGAUCCAAAGGCUUAUCUUACACUACCAGUUGGACCAAAAGAUGGAGUUGGCUUCACCCAAGGUUGUGGGUCUGCUUCUGCUGGAGUGAUCCCUCCACCACCAUUCCCUACCUCUGUUCUGGGACAACCAUUUACCCGUAGCCCCAGAGAAACACUUGAAAUUCAUACUUUGCUUUGCUCAACUAAACUUACACAGAAUGGAGAUCUUCUUGCUCUUCUUAAAUGGAAAGCUCAUCCAGACAGAAUCCAAGAUACGUUAUUGAAGGUGAUGAAGCUGAAUGGGGAGGAGAUUGUAAAGUUUCUACAAGAUAUUCUUGAUGCUCUUUUUUCCAUGUUUUCUACUAUUGAUGGCAAUGCUACAGCCCAUUCAGGCUUAGUGUUUAAAGUUCUU